AUGUAUCAAGGCUACGACCAGUCGACGUCGCGGUCGCCCGGCUCCCACCGCAAUCCUCAGCAGCAACAACAGCAACAGCAACAGCAACAGCAACAGCAGCAACAGCAACAGCAGCAACAACAACCGCAGCAACAGCAGACGGGGGGUUCGCUGCACCGUAUGCCCUCGCGCCAGUUCGAUACGGCCUAUGGUCAGCCGGCCAACAUGUACAUCCGUCCCUACGACGACCAGCAGGAGCCGCGCACCUUUGAGCGCCUCAACCAGACCAUGCAUGCCGGUGCUGGUGCGGGCUAUGGCUACGACAUGAGCGGUCAGCCUGUCUGGAACACCAGUGCCUUUUCGCAAAACGGCCUGGGCUCGCUCGGAGGUGCCGCCGCUGCCCGCAUCAAGUCGCAACAGCAGCGCGGAGGAGGACGCAGCGCACUCCCGUCGGCAUGGAUGGACCAGCCGCAGCAAGGCCUGCCCAGUUUUGCUCUCCCCGGUUUGAGCAACAAUAAUAACAACGGUCACAACAACCUUGGUGCCAUGCAGAACCCCAGCUACGGCCACGAGGUCGACGAGGAGCUCAUCCCUACCGCCAUCGUCAUCAAAAACAUCCCCUUUGCCGUCAAGAAGGAGCAGCUGGUGCAGCUCAUGACAGACCUCCGCCUGCCGCUACCCUACGCCUUCAACUACCACUUUGACAACGGCGUCUUCAGGGGCCUUGCGUUUGCCAACUUCACUACGGCUGACGAGACGGCUGCUGUCAUCGAGUCGAUGAACCACUUCGAGCUGAAUGGGAGGAAACUGCGCGUCGAAUACAAGAAGAUGCUGCCACUGGCUGAACGCGAGCGCAUCGAGCGAGAAAAGCGUGAGCGCAGAGGCCAGCUCGAGGAGCAACAUCGACCCCUAGGCGGAGGACUCCAGUCCCAGCCCUCGUUUGGUUCUCUCGCCUCGCACAUCCCUGCCACAUCGCCGUCUCCAGUCUCGGCUAUGCGAGGCGGCAGUAAAGCUGUCGACGUUGACCUUAAUGAUCCUCAGGUCCUUCAGUUUUACUCGCAAUUGCUGCUCUUCAAGGAAACCCCUGAGCGCGACAAUAUGACUUUUCCUUCUACACUAGCGCCGCUUCAGCGCCGCAUGAUACACACUCUGGCUCAUCAACUGGGCCUAGCCCACGUUUCCAAAGGCACUGGCGAAUCGCGUCAAGUGCACAUCUUCAAGGUCAAUGACAAUCAGGGACUCAGUCCACCAAUGCCCCAAAUGCCCUCGAACCACAUGGAGCAGCCUCGCCGCAAUCUGAACCGCGCUGCGACAACAGACUUUAGCGAUGUGCGUGCAGAGGGCGGCUUCUAUGGCGGAUUCAACAGACAACCGUCCGGCCUGCUUGGGUUCCCCGACUCUCCUGGCGGUCUCAAUGCGGUACCCAACCUUCGUGGUGCCAAGUCUUAUGCGGACCUCCGCUCCUACACCCCAUCGCCAGCCCCUUCGACUGCAAGUCACCCCGUUGGCCGACCGGGUGGAUUGCAGCAGACGCUGGACGGACUGGGCUACAGCGGACCGUCCACCAACCCAACCAGCACACCAACGGCUGGUUCCAUGUCGCAACGCGACGAAAGUCUCCUUGAGCGAGAAAUGAGCCGCAUGCAGCUCAGCAAUAGCUUUGGCCAGAGCCAGAACCACAGCCCACGAUCGCUUCGCCAGAUGACAUCCUGGGAUGCACCCGGCCCCAUUGGUGGUCAUCGCGCGUUUGGUAACAACUACGACGAUCGCCCAUCGAGACAGCCUCGUGGACCCCUUCCAGAAAGAGGGCAAGGCUUCGGCCGCCAACGACAGAACGGACACCAGAACCGCGGCAGUGACGAACUAUCGUCCCAAUCCAACGUCGAGAUCCUCGUAGGCCAAUAG